GAACCGGUAAAAUUUUUCCUCCAGUAGUAUCGUGUGAUAUUCUUGUUAUGUGAUUUGUAUCUUUCAACUGAUAUUACAUUACUUAUUCCGCUCAGUUAAUAUUUUGUGUUAACUUCACUAUAAUCCACAUAGAACAUCAGUGCGUUGAUCUGGAAUAUUGUUUCCAAUGCCUCCUGUGCCUCGUCUCUCGUCAUCCUCCUACUGGAUCCCGCCAAACCGUCGAAUCAGCACUAUGAACAGCACAGGCACCUCAUCCAGCGCCGGGGACUCUGGGGACUCCAGGAGUUCAAAGGACUCCACUCCUCGUAACUACGUGGACCCGUGGGACCUGGAGAACUACGCCUACCUACGUCGUCACUGCGCCGACGCUGAGGACUCAGACCCUGUGGUAUCCUUGUCUACCAAUGGUCUCGACUCGGCACACUCAGACUUCUACUUCGUCCCAGCGAGACAACCUCUGGCUCAGAUACCUCAGCCUUACAGGCCUCGAAGGUCUUCACUGAUGGUAACGGCUGAGGAAGCAGCAGCGGCUCUCAUAGAGGAGGAAGACUUCUACAACCCCCGCUGUGAGAUGAGACCUCCACCUUGUGUACACCAGGUGGCCAGACGACACUCUUGUGCUCCUGCCAUGACUGCCUGCACCGACCAUCUCCUCAGUCUACAUCCUGCUCUCAUAGAGGAGGAAGACUUCUACAACCCUCGCUGUGAGAUGAGACCUCCACCUUGUGUACACCAGGUGGCCAGACGACACUCUUGUGCUCCUGCCAUGACUGCCUGCACCGACCAUCUCCUCAGUCUACAUCCUGAGGAGGAAGACUUCUACAACCCCCGCUGUGAGAUGAGACCUCCACCUUGUGUACACCAGGUGGCCAGACGACACUCGUGUGCUCCUGCCAUGACUGCCUGCACCGACCAUCUCCUCAGUCUACAUCCUGAGGAGGAAGACUUCUACAACCCCCGCUGUGAGAUGAGACCUCCACCUUGUGUACACCAGGUGGCCAGACGACACUCUUGUGCUCCUGCCAUGACUGCCUGCACCGACCAUCUCCUCAGUCUACAUCCUGGUAAGUCCCUUGCCGUUUUAUGUUCAGUAAGCUCUCAUAGAGGAGGAAGACUUCUACAACCCCCGCUGUGA